AUGAUAAGUUUUGGAUCAACUGCAAAUUCACCUAUUCGGAGAACUGGUGUUCAUUACGAUUGUGGAUGUAUAAUAUCUGAAGCAGGAGCAUUAGUACCAUUUUCUACGGGAAGUAUACUCAGUGUUCCAUCUGUUUAUAUUGUUUAUUUUGCUACUUUCGGUGCUAUGGCUUGGCAUUUAUUAUUAUUUGAAUCAUCUGUACAAAAUCUUUAUAAUUGUAUUCUUGCUAAAAAUGCAAUUGAUUCUAAAGUAGUAACAGAAUGUAUGGGUGGUGAUAGUAUUCGAGCAAAAGUAUGUCAUUUUAUUCGUGCACGAUUAUUAUCAACAUAUCAUUUUCUUUCAAUUCAAUUCAAUCAAAAUGAUGCUUGUCUUUUAUUGAAUCGUUGUUUUGAAUUAUUUACUCAAUUUAGUCGUCAAGAAAAUCAAAAUUCAUGGAUUAAACCGAUUUACAAAACAAUCAAUGAGAAAUAUGAAGCUGAACAAGAAUUUCAAAAUAAAAUUUUCUAUUUAACACAUCAAAAAUUAAUCGAUUAUAAAAAACUAAUUAAUCUAAUACAAACACAAUCUCCACUACAAACUAAAUUACAAGAAUAUAUAAUUCAAAUGCCUAUUAUAAUUGAUUUCAUUCAUUUUAAAACUGAAUUAUAUAAUCCAGAAUUGAAUCAAUUACCUUUGACAAUUUUAAAACGUUUACUUGAUUCAUUUGAUUUUUUAAAAAUAACUCGAUAUAUCUAUGCUUUAAGUCAAUUUCAUAUUCUUUUACAUCGAACAUUUACUCAAUUAAUUGAACGAGAAGAAUUUCUUACAAUUACAUUGAAACAAUUAUAUGAACGAGUUCAUCAAAGUUCAAAUCAUUUUUAUGAAAUAAAUCAAAAAAAUAAAUAUUAUACAAUUAUUCAAAAUGGAAUUGAAGCUAUUAAUGCUUAUCAUAAAUUUACUAAUGGACAAAUUCGACCAGGUGCCUGUGAUACUACUCAACUUUUUCAAACAAUUUCUAUGGAAACACCAAUAAACUAUCUCGUUGAAACAGAUAAUUAUGAUGAAGGAGAUAUCAUUAUGCGUAUAUUGAGUGUUCUUGUCGAUUAUCACAAUAAUCUUCUCGAAUUACUUGAGACAGAAAUAAAAAAUCAUGGUGAUAUUCUUGAUUUAGGUCCAUUGAAAGAUAUCAUUUUUGAAUUAUCAAAAAGAGAAAUAUCAAUUUUACAGAUUAUUCAAGAAAAUAUGGGUAUAAUUACAUUAAAUAAAAUGGAUUAUCAAUGGAUUGAACAAUUAUCUCGAGCUAGUCUUGAAAAUGAAAAUAAUUAUUUUAUUACAAUUGAUACAUCAUUAAAAUUUAAUUUUCUUUAUGUUCAAUCAUAUCUUAUUCGAACAUAUCUUCUCUAUUGUCGUAUUAAUUAUCAACAUAUCAAAGGAAAAUAUCAAUGUUAUACUCGAAAAAAAAUUCCGAUUAUUACAAAUGAUAUUAAUAUGAAUUUUAAUAUACUAUUAAUCGAUGAAUGGAAUCAUUUAGAACAAAAGAAUCUAAUUGAACUUCAAAAUGAAUUUAAUCUUCUUCAACAAAUUAUGGAUAUAUUAAAAAAUUCUUCUCAAAAUUAUUCAUCAAUGAAACUUUCAGAAUUUAUUCAAAAUACUAAUUAUGAUCAUCGAUUUAUUCAACAAUUUCAACAAUAUCAAAUUAAAGAUUUUCCUUUAUCACAAAUCAAAGAUAUUUGUCAAUUAUAUGAACAGUCGAUUAAUCAUUUUCAACAUAGAUUUAUCAAUGUAUCUCAUUUAAUUCGUGUACCUCUAGAUAAAAAACUCAAUGAUGAAUUUGAUCAUAUAUUAAAAUCUUCAUUUAUUUCUUCUCAAGAUCAGACUAAGAAAGAAGAAUUUCAAGAUAAAAUACAAAUAAUAACAGAAUUUGUAAAUGAUUUAAAAGAUGCAGAAGAUCUUCUUGCUAGUCAAUGGUCC